UGAUUUUUAAAUGUCAUAAUAUUGUGUAGUUCCGGGUUUUGAUCGUAUUUGAAGUAGUUGCGAGAAUUUAUUUCCAAGAAAAUUGAGUAAAUUGUGCAACGCGAAAUGGAACGGAUUGUGCGACCGGCUGCAGGCUUGACAGCUUUAUAUUAUUUACGCGAUUUUCUCAUCAGAGGCAAGUCACGGCGUUGGUGGGUUCGACCUUCUAACCAGUAUCGCUCCACUGAAGGAUAUUUUGAAACCGAUUACGAUCGAAUGCGACAAAGAGAUCCGGAUUACUUCCAGGAAUCGAUACGUAUGAGCCCUUCCACUUUCGACCUACUGUUGAGGAAAGUUCGAUCUCGGCUGGAGAAAUUCUCAUUUCGAAGGCCUAUUUCUCCAGCAUGUAGAUUGUUUCUCACUCUAAUGUAUCUUGCUCAUGGUACCCCAGUCGCUAUAAUGGCCAUAAUGUUCAAGAUGGGUGAAUCAACGAUUCGUAAUAUCACGAUGGAGGUGAGCGAUGUCCUUUGGGAAGUUCUCGUUCGUGAUUACCUACCUGUGCCGCUUGAAGAAGACUUCAGAAGGUAUGCCGAAGAGUUCAAAGAGAAGUGGAAGUUUCCAAAUUGCUGCGGUGCAAUUGACGGGAAGCACGUCGCCAUCCAAUGCCCACCGAAUGCCGGGUCUACUUUCUACAACUAUAAAGGAUAUCACUCGAUCGUUCUCAUGGGAUUAUGUAACGCGAACUAUGAAUUUUUGAUGGUGGAUAUUGGCGCUUUCGGUGGAAACAGUGAUGGAGGUAUUUUCUCCAAUUGCAUUUUUGGCCAACUUUUGCUGCAAAAUCAAGUGGGUUUGCUCUGA